UCGCUCCCAUGGCGCGAGGAGGAACUCCAGCCUCCUGGUCAUACAUUCUCAUUCGCCUACUGUUUCGAUUCGUUCUCAAGAUAUUCUAUGGUUCAAUCGUCGUCGAAGGCGCGCAACACAUACCGAAGGAUGGAAACCCAUGCGUCGUCUGCGCGAACCACAGUAACUCAUUAACCGAUGCACUUAUGCUCGUCACAUCUAUCCCGCCUAAGCAGCGCAGUUGUAAUGGAUUGGCCCUCUUUUCUCCAUCUAUAUGGCUGAAGACGCGCCAGUGCUCCGUCUCACAGCCAAAGCUACUCAAUUCGGCAAACGGACCUUUACCUCUUGGUUAAUCGAAUCUGCGGGGACUGUGCCGUUAAUGAGAAAGAAGGAUUAUGGAGAUGGGAGUCAAGUUGACAACACUGUGGUUAUGGAGAAGCUUAUGCAGGCGCUUGAACUCGGAGAUGCCGUCUGCCUCUUCCCUGAAGGAAUGAGUCGGUAUCACCCGACCAUCGCUCCACUGAAGACCGGCGUCGCACGACUUGUGUCAGAUGUCCUGACGCGGAACCGAGACGACCCAAGCUUUGAAAUCGCGGUUCAAAACUGCUCUGUCACAUACAUGCACAGGCAACAUUGGCGCUCGGAUGUCCUGGUCACCUUCCAUCCUCCCAUGAGAUUCUCGCCCAAAAUGAAUCCAGAACUGCUCGCCCCGGUUGAUUUCCAAGACAUUCGGUCUCUGACUGGCAAAAUCCAUGAGCAGAUCAGCUCAGGAACUCUUGAUUCUCCAUCUUGGGACUUGGUCCGUGCCAGCAAACUUGCUGCUCGGAUUUAUGCUCCGUUGGGGACACGCAUGACGCUGGGCGACCACGUGCGGGUCGUUCGUACCUUUCUUGAGGCAUUCAAGGACUUGGACGAGCCGGAAGAGAAGGAUUGUGACGAGACAGCCGAACUGAAACAAUUAUGCGCGGACCUGUUAGCAUACCAAGAUCUGCUGGCGCGCUGGGGCAUCAAAGAUGACCGAAUCCGGCGACCGUUGAUUGCGCGGCGGGUCGUUGUUGGGCGCAUUAUUCUUCGGUUUGUGUGGUCGAUAUGCUUGUUCGCCAUCUCAAUGCCAGGGCUGAUGCUUUGGAUCCCGGUGCUCCUCACGACAGUCUAUGCCGUUCACAAUUUCAAGAAAACCGGACCUGUCUUUGACACAUUCGAUGAGAUAGCUCAAUACAAGCUGAUCUAUGGGCUGAUGUCUGGGCUUUGUGUCUGGAUGGCAGCGUCUUUGCUGACAUUCCCAUUCACUCCCAUCACGUUCAUGCUUGUGCCUGCCUUGAUGUGGAUGACUCUCCGUUGGCUGGAAGAUGCUGUUGCUGCAUUCCGAGCCUUCACUGCCCUCUCCCGUCUGUUGUUGGUAGGACAGCCACGCUUGGACAAGAUGCGGGAACAGCGAUCCGAUUUGCAUCGCCGGAUCUUGAGUCUGGCUGUCAAUACAUUGGGGUUGCCAGAUAAUCCCGAGUCGUACUUCCUCCAGAAUGGCGGGAAAGAAAAGGGACGCGUUCGGGGCAGAUGGGAAAGUGGCUCGCGAUACUUCUCUCUCAAACGAAGGAGAAAGCGAGACUGGAACGAGACGCUCAGGCUAUACGAUGUAGUGGACUAUCCCAAAGAGGACUAAAUCGAUAUCAUAAUCUUGCUAUAUCUUGCUACGUACAUGGUUAAAUGGCCUAUUACUGUUGAAUACACAGUCCAGGCAGUGACGUGAUUCACCCAUUUGCUUCGUGUUCUGGGGAUCCUACACUCCUAAUGAUGGCCCAAAAUCGUAGUGACUCACAUACCCUGUGACGGCGAAGCUUAAGCGACAGGACCUCGUUCCACUGGACCAAGAGAUGCAUCCGCAGGUUUCCAGCGCGCUUUGGCAUAUGUUUCAGGCGCGAGUGCGUCCCGCAUCUGACUGACCCGCGGUCGCUUCGGCCACGCGUAUGGUCCUGGAGCGGACGGCCAUUUCGGAGCCGUCGGCGUCAUUGGUGAUGCUGGAACAGUAGGAAGAUGCGCGGUGAACGACGUAUAUGUAUGCCCCUGCGCAUCUCUUGGAGCCGAGGCCGUCGAGUAUUCCGAGACAGACGACUGGGAUCGGAAGGACAGCCCGCGUUUCAGGUCGCUCGAUCUCGACACCUUGGCAGCAGUCUCUUUCGGUCGCAUUUGAUCCUCCCAGUCACCAAAUGAAGGCCAUCUGGGCGUCUGAUCGGGGAGUGGGGGCUGGCUAGCACGGAAUGCGGGUUGGCGCAAGUCGAUCAAUAAUUGCUGAUACGUUUCCUCCUGCUGUCUGGCUUCCCGGUCCAAUAAACUCUCCUUUGCAUGUCGUGCAUUCAUAGAAGACUUCGAAGAACGAUGUGAUGGGAGAGUGGGUCGGGGCUGUGCGAAGGACGCGAGCGACAUGUCGGAUUCCUCGGUGUCAUACGUAGGGCUCCUACGUUUAGACCGCUGAUACGCGCAUAUAGCGACCGCAACGGCGACAAUGAAGAGCACCGCAGCCCCGGCGAUGAUGGCUAUGAACGCACCGGGCUGCAUAUGAAUGCCUGCAUUGUCGAGUGACUGGUGGGUCGCCCGAAUGUUAGAGCAGAGAGCGACGCAAUAGGAACCGCGGACCUGAGCUAGUGAAUUUGAAUCUGAUUGUCCCGACAUUUGCCCAUGCAGCCAAUGAUCAAGAGAAUACAAGGGAGAGAAAGAGCAGUAGCAAUAGAAGUAGGAGAGAAGGGACGUCAGGCUGAGCGCGCCGUUGGCCAGACGAAUGCACUGGCUGUACAAUUAGAUCAUGUGGGGGUGAUAUAGCUACCAGGUCCACUCGGGGCGGAUACGUCAAAUUCCAUCGUCCGCAAGGAGAAUCAUGCAGGUAUCAAUUGUUCGUCGUUGCGUAGACGCGUGCCGUCUGAUAGAGCACUUUUACCUCUGAAAGGAUACAUUCAAGACUUGAUAAGAAUGUCUCAUGAGGUGGGUAGCUUCGUUUGCCGAUGAUGGUUUGAGUGUGGUGCAAAAGAAGGUGCUGAACGCGAUCACGUGAAAAAGAGGGCUAGUUACACCCUGAUCAAGUAUUACGCACGAGACUAUGAUAAGGUUGCAAAAUGAAAGGAACGAUUAUGACAAA